AGGUGCCGGAUAAACACAACAUGGCGACCGUGAGUAGGAGGAGGACCCAGGAUAGGACCACAGUUUAACCUCUAAACCCUCCAAAACAGCCCAGGGACAGCGGAAAGCCAACUUCCAACACAUAGUUGAGACAAUGCCCAUUUGAUGCCAGGCAAGUUUUCUCCAGAGUAACACCCCUCACAGUAGCAUGGCAGCGAGCGGGAAACUCCUGGAGCUGGCCCAGCACCUGAAACAGGAGCGUCUGUUUGUGUCGGCCGAGAAGGACUCCCUCCAACGUCUCCACAAGGAGGUGAUCACCGCUGCCGAGAGGCUGUACCACGCCUCCUGGAUCGUCAAACAACAGCGCGCCAACGUGGAGAGUCUGAUCCUGUCCAGCCACGCCCAGCAUGGCACCCCUGCUGAGUACUGCCACAAGGCCAACUCCCUGGACAAUGUCAAGUUUAUGGACGGGUACAAGGUGCUGGGCUACCAGGACACUCUGUAUGGGGACUUCCUUAAGUCACUGAGGGAGGCUCCACAGCUGGUGGCACAGACACUGGUGUGUGGGGAGAAACUCAGCCUAGAAACAACACAAGGCAUCAUUCAGGUCAUCGUGUCUGCCAUCUAUGGAGGCUGCAUCAUGCCAGAAGACGAGCACUUCGUCCUGCAGAUUCUCCACUCUCUCAUCGAGCUCCAGCUAGCAACAAACAACGACCCCCGCCGCCUGCUGCGCCGCGGCUCCUGUGCCUUCAGUACCGUCUUCAAACUCUUCUCCGAGUCGGUCUACACUGCCAAGCUCUUCCUCACCGCCGCCCUGCACGAACCAAUCAUGUCCUGCCUCGCCGAGGACGACUACUUCCUGGAAACCAACGUGGACGCGGCGCUGGAGAGAUUCUCCCCCUCGGAGAUCAAAAGACGGUUCGGGGACCGAGGAACGCCUCAGUUCAAGCAGAAGCUGCAGGACCACAUGGAGCAGCUGAGCAGCCAGCUGGUCAGCCUCUGUAACAAGUUCAUCACCAGUAUUAAAGCCAACAUGUACUGCUUCCCACAGAGUCUGUGCUGGAUUGUGUCCCAGCUGCACAAGCACAUGAACAGGGUGGGGACAGUGGAGGAGGGGGACAUCAGGGCCAUGUGUGCAGACCUGCUGCUGUCUUCCUUCAUCUGUCCUGCUAUCAUGAACCCAGAGCCAUAUGGCAUCAUCUGGGACGUGCCAAUCAGUGACGCAGCACGCUUCAAUCUGAUGCAGAUUGCCCAGAUCCUACAGGUGUUGACCCUGUCUGCAUCAGAGAAUGCAGACUCAAAGAUGCAACCACUAUAUUCCAGGUUUGACAAUGGCUGCAUGUCGACCUUCCUGGAUGCAGUGAUUGACAGGUCAUGUGAUGACACCCCACCCCCUGCCCCCUCCCAGCUCUCGGGGUUGGGGAGAAGUGCUGUGUUGAUCACAGAAACUGAGCUUUACUGUUUGGUGUCAUUCCUGCGGGACCUUAAGGCAGCCGGCGGUGAACCACUGGACACCCAGCAGCUGGACACCAUCCUGUCCAACGUGCCCAUCUCCACACCCCCUAACACCGGCCCCUCGGUGGGGAGCGGCAGUGCCAACGUCACCCCUACCCCUACCCCCGUCACCUCCCCUCCUAACACCCCCAUGUCUGCCAAGAAAAACAUCCUCGGAAAGGUGAAGGGAGUGAAGGCCCGCCUGCCAGGCACCACUGCCAGCGAGUCAGAGGCAGACUCAGCUGGAGCCCCCUCAGAAGUCGUCAUGACUCCUCCUCCUGAGGAGGUCCUCAUCAUCUCACUCAGCAAUGCUUCCAACGAGUGCCCUGGGAUAUUACCGGAAUCCAAGGUUCUUGGGUCCACUGUUCACCACGUGACCAUUGCUGGUGGAGAUGCCUUCGACGACGGAGGCAAAGACUCAGACAGACAAUCUGACAAGCUUACUGGAAUAUCCAUAAGUGCCCACAAUAGUGAUGUCAUGGAGGCCACAUCUGAAGGUGGCCCCUCCACCAGAAACUCGGUUUACUCGCUGGAAAGCGAUCACGGACCGGAGCCCAUGGGUCGCGACCCCAGCGAACGUAACGCCCUGGACUUCCUGGAGAAGGAGCAGAGGACGACGAAGGACAACAUCGACGAGAAGCUGCGUAAGUUUGAGAUCAUCCGCGACAUGGGGAUGGCCACCACGGAGGAGAGGGACCCGUGUGAGACCUACAGCACGUUUAGUGAGACCUGGAGUACGGACGUGCUACCGAGUGACGCUUCAGAGCCACCACCGGAGGGGAACCCACUGGAGAGGUUACAGGAAAUUUCGGGUGCAGGUGCGGAGGGUGGAGCGUCCCACCUGGACAGCCUGCCUGAGAACCUGCUGGAGGUGGACAUCUCGGAGACAAACAGUGAGACCUGGAGCGUGGACGUGCUCGCCAGCGACUCAGAACCACCCGAGCAGAAGAUGGAGGAGAGACUGUGUGAGGUGGAGGUGGGGCUGAGUGAGUCCGGUAGUGUAGAGGACAUCUUGGAAGCAGAGAAAAAUGAGGAGGCUGCCGGAGGGGUUGACGGAGAGCCUCGUUCCAGAACUAGCACCCCCUAUACUGACAGCGAGAACCCCCCGAGAACCUCCGAGGACCAGGUCUCUGACAAGAGCUCUGAGAAAAGCUUUGACAAAAGCUGCAGCCCCUUCCCAGAGGAUUGUCCCAAAGGGAGGGGGUCUCAGGAUUCAGAAGAGUUCCAAGACGCGGUGGAGAGUUUUGAUGAGAGUAAGGAGAGGAGAGGUCACGCUCCCGCCCUCCAUCCGCCCCCGGAGAUGUGUCAGGACCCGUCCACGGGAGCACGCUUCAAAAUCCGCCCUAUCGCACUCCGCAAUCCUGUCAACGGGCCCGUGGGACCAGGCAAGCAGCGACACGUGCCCGACAUCAUCAGAGACUUUGAAGGAGGCCUGUCACAUGCCAAGGAGGCUCUAGGAGCCAGACUGUCAAACUCCUUAAAGGACAUCCAAGAAAGUUCAGUUGCAACCGGUUUUGAAACGUUUGACAAAAGAAACUCCUUGCUUGACGAUUUUGACCCCUUUGCUCCAACGCCCAGUGACGAUGCCCCAGCAACAACCCCUGCAGACAGUUUACGCGAUUCUGUUUUUAGUUCCAUGUCGUCCUUAUCCCCUUUGUCACCCUCCAAAUCAGAGGAGAAUCUUCUUAGUCUAACUGCUUCCUAUGCCCAAGUCAGGCACACGUCGAGCUCAGACUCUCCAACUAAGCUCAGAAGAAGCCAGACAAGUUCUUCCUACAGUGGAGACCUGAACAACACUGUACACAGUCCUGACUUUGACAAGCCGCUUAUCCAAAUCGACGAUAACGAGGGCUUCAGCACCAUCAAGAGAAGACCCAAACGAGAAAAGACAAAAGUAGUGGACAUCGUAACAGAAAAUAAUGUGGGAGGACUGGGGAAAGCUUCCUCGUUUGACGAUCAACUUUUGCAGCAAGGGUCAGAAUCGCCCGGUCCUCAUCCCAUCGAGCGCCCGCUCGAGCCGCUCUUUACGAAGACGCGAGCUGAGAGAGCGACGAGUAGUCCCGGAGCGGACGGCCACACCGGCAGGAUGGGGACGUCACUAGCAGUCAGUGGAGGCUACAACGACAGAUCAAACAUAUCCAAAUCCAUCAGUUUUGACAGCUCACUGACUGUCGUGGACAGGGAAGAAAAGGUUACAUCUGAUGACAUCCUGAACAAGUACCGGACCAUGAACAAAGACAUGUCCGCUGGUGAUUCAGAGACAACACAGACAGAUCACACCCCAGACACAACAGAAGACAUCCUGGAGAAAUACCGCACCCUGCCUAGUGAGGAGUCCUUCAGCAUCAGUUCCUCCCCACAUGAUAACAUCGACGACCUGUCAUCCAAACGCAGCUCAAUGGGAGAAGACCAGAUGGUCCCGACCACGCCCACAGACACGCCCAUGGAGACGUCCUACUCCUUCCAGGAUGCCAAGCGGAAGCUGCGGCUGGUGCUGGGGGCGGCAGACUUCAGCACCCUGCCCUGGCUCGCCAACUUCGUGUACAUCCGCGCCAACAGGAUGAGCUUCAUCGCUGAUGUGUACUGCUGCGGGGACGGGACCAUCAUGAAGGAGAACGAGCUCACUGCAUUUCUCAAGGCCCAGCUGUCUGAGGCCAUCAACCUUCAGGACAAGUCCCUCAUCGCUCAGCUGCACGAGACAUUGAGAUGUGUGCAGCAGUUCGACGACACUGGUUGUAAGAAGCUGCUGACGUCCCUGCUGAGUGACUACAGAAGCCGAGCCCCGUACAUCUCAUACCUGGUGCGGUGCAGACAGGGUCUGCUGUUCACACAGGCUCACCUGGAGAGACUUCUGGACAGGAUAGAGAAGGACCGCAUGGUGUGCCACAAGUACUUCACAUCGGUGUGCGUGCGGCUGUUCCUGCAGCAGAAAGAGCAGGACAUCCAGACGUUCCACCAGCGCUUCUGUGAGCUCACCGCGUCCGACGAGAAAACCGACCUGGUGGAGGAGUUCCUGCAUCAGCUGGGCGUUGCCAUGUCCCAUGAUGCAAUGUGGCAAGUUGCCACCCCCACACAGUUAGAGGAUGGGAACUUAGCUGUGGAGAGGAGCAUCAUGAGUCGUAUCUACACCCACGCUCUGUAUCCCAACGGGGAUGGAGACAUCAUGAGAGACCAACUGUUCUAUGACCACAUCCUGAGGCUACAGAAGGUGGUGACAGCCAGCCACAAGGCCCUGCAGGUGCCAGAGAUGUACCGCCGUGAGGCACCCUGGCCCUCCGCACAGAAGGAAAUUCUCACUAUCAAUGCUUACAAGACACCCAAUGACAAGCUGCGGGUGGUUGUGCGGUGUUCUAACAUCAUCAUGAACCUGCUGAAGAUGGCCAAUGAGAACUCUGUCCCUGGUGCCGACGACUUCACCCCAGUUCUGGUCUAUGUGCUACUCAUGGCCAACCCACCAAGUUUGUUGUCGACUAUCCAGUACGUGAACAGUUUCUACGGCUCACGUCUGAGUGGGGAGGAGUCCUACUGGUGGAUGCAGUUCAGCGCAGCUGUGGAAUUUAUCAAGACCAUCGAUGACAGGAAAGAAGGAUGCACGUUUGGAACGACACUAGCAUCGCCAUAUGGGGAUAACAACCAACUGAAAGCAACAGUUGUGAGCAGAAGUAACUGCAUACCCGUUUCAAAGACGGCUACAGAGGACGAGUCCGCCGACGUCGCCGCGUCACGCCAUGAGCAGAGUGACGUCACCAUGCGGUGCAGCGCGCGUCGUCUGGUGCUGUCCCUCACCUGCCUCGUACCCAUCGUACUCAUCUCUCUUCUCGUUCCCGGAGCUGUCUACCUCAGACACUUUGGUCUCGAUCAAGCAAGAAAGCUGACAUUAAAACCAGGGCACCCAUCUCUGAAGAGACACUUGAGCUCAAAUGAUGGAGUCAGCAACACCGAGGGAUCAGACGGAAAACUGCUGUACCGAGGGCAGUCCGAGGUUUUACCCGUCCCCGGGCUGGAUCCGACUUACUCCGAAAAAACAAAGGACAUCGCGGAAAAACAGAGAUUCAGAAAACAGUGGAAGAAGAAAGAGAAAGAGGAAUACUAUCAGCAGAGACGAGAGAGAGUGCAGAAGAUCUUGGAAACAACUGUGGAGUCAAUACCAGGGGAGGACGUGUACGGAAAGGACACUUCUAAUUUACCCAUGAAGUGCAUGACGUCACACCGUCUCCAUGGCGACCCGAACAUGGAGUGGUUCACCAGCAAGUUCGUGAACGACAUCCCAGUCCUGAUGACGUCACGUGACCUGACAGAGGAGGAGUAUAACAGACUGAAGCGUUUUCCACUACCGUAUGGCUUCGACGACAUUCCCUUAUCUGAUUUGGAAAAAGAGUUGACUUCUCUACCAUUAUCGGAAGGCGGCGCUGUUUUCGGUGCUCGGUCUGGCUGCAAACGAUGCGCAGUCGUCGGAAAUGGCGGGAGUCUGAAGGGCUCCGGUGCAGGCAGUGAUAUAGAUGGACACGACUUCGUCUUCAGGGUGAACCGCGCUCUUACGUCAGGGUACGAGUCAGACGUCGGCAUCAGGACGUCCUUUUAUAUCUUCACGGUCAACACGCUGUUAGCAACUCUCCAGCCGAGUUUAAAAAAGGAGCCACAGUUCCAUGUGCCAAGGGACCAGGAGAUUAAGUAUAUCCUAACGAUGUGCAACAGGAGAGACUACAAGUUAGUGGACACACUGGCCUGGGGAGCGCCGGUGGACGUCAGCGGCAUAGACCGGCUAGCUGUAGAAAUGCUGUCCAGACUCCACCUUGGAAGUGACAACAUCAGAUUGGUACAUCCUGACCUUCUGAGAUACAUCAACAACAGUUGGCUGAAGUCCAAGAAGAGAAGAUACUCGGUGUACCGCCCCAGUACCGGGGCCAUCGCUGUCUUCACCGCCCUGCAGACCUGCGACCAAGUCAGUCUGUACGGCUUCGGCACGACAGACGGCCAGUCCGUCCACUACUACGACAACGCGUCUUACGACAUGACCACAGUGGUGAACCACGACUUCGACAUGGAGUGGAGACUGUGGAGGAAGCUCCACCAACUGGGCGUGGUCAGACUGUUGCCAUAGGAACACAAAAUGGCUGUUACGUGUCCCUCAGUGCUGCAAAAGAAUGUAAAUGGGUCACACAGGGGGCAUUGACUGUGCCAGUAGGGAGAAAUGACCUACUAGGACGUGUCACGACUGUUGAUUAUUUCAACAACAGGCCUGUUCCUGGACUAUAAAUGCCCUAACAGGUGGAUGCUGGGAUAUGAAGAGAAUGCAGCUCUGGGUUAGAGACUGCAUGUACAAUCUCGUGCACAACGUCAUGCGACGCAGGCCAAUGUGCUACGAUACACUCAGCAGUGCCUAAGAGCAUUUGAUACACAAUGGUGCAAUAAACCUGCAUUUGGCAAGGGCUGUUUGAAAAACAAAAUACUACGAAUUCGAAGAAAGGGACCGUUAAAAAAGGACAGACUAGCUACGGGGUCCAAAGUUGUUAAGUACCUCUCCUACAGUGAGGAAGACUAGUAACGGUACUGUGCAACGUAUCCGCGAAUGAAAAAUAAAAAUA